AUGAUGCAAAUCGAGCCUUCUGAAAGACUCCGAGAAGCAAUCAUUACUGGAAGAUUAUUAUCAGUAAAGAGACUAUUAAGGAGAUAUCCUGAACUAUUAUACAAUAUUGACCCGCAAAAUGGAUGGACUUCAUUACAUUAUGCAGCAUUCAACGGUCGAUAUCUGGUUUGUGUUUAUUUAAUUCAAUUAGGCCAUGACAAGAACGAAACACUACGUACUUUUCAGGGGAAUACAUGCGUUCAUUUGGCUUUGAAAAACGGUCAUGAACAAACUACUCAUUUAUUAUUGCAACAUUUCUCUCGAUUUUUAAACGAUAAAGGUGAAGGGAAUUUAGCACCAAUACAUAUCGCAUGUAUUAAUGAUUAUCACCAAUGUCUAAGUAUGUUAAUCAGUCUCGGCGCUGAUUUAUCAAUAGUUGAUGAAAAUGGAGAUAAUUCGUUGAAUUUAUGUUUACAAUAUGGUAGUCUCGAUUGUCUAAAAUUAUUGUUAAUGGAUGAUCAUUUCCAUAAUGAAAUGCUAAAUAAAGAUAAAAAUAAAAACCAUUGGAAACCUGAUGAUAUCGUGGGCUCGUAUGAAACUCAAAAAAUUUAUCAGCAAUUAUUAAAAGAAAAUUUAGAAGCCAAACAAGCUAGACUUCCAAGAAAUAAUAGUUUUCAAUCACUUAGAUCUCCAAUCGUUAAAUCAGUGCAAGCAUUUACUGAUAACAAUAAAGGUAUAAUAAAUGAAAAACAACCCAAAUUAACUAUCUCCACAAACGAGCGCACAUCAUAUCAUAAUGAUAUGAGUGACACGAGGUCUUUAAUGUCGCCUAAAUUGGAUAUUCCUAUUUUUACACCUACUCAAAGAUUUUUACCCAGAGUUGAGUCCCCACUUUCAAUGUCUCCCUCAUCAAUAUCGACAGAGUCACAAUCUCUUUCAAAUAAUGAAAUAGUUUCAUAUUCCAUUAAUGACGUAGAUUCUAUUACGGAAUCCAAUAUUAUCAAUAAUUCAAAUCAGGACUGUGGUAAUAACGUCGGAUCCAUAAAUGACGUGACUCAUACAAGAACAGAAACAAUAAAUCAUCAUAAUAUAGAAUCGAUUAAUCGUUAUCUGCUAGUAGACGUACCGAAUUCAAUUCAAGAGGAGAGAGAAGAAGAAGAAGAAGAAGAACAACUUGUAUUAGGAAAUCAAGAACGCAGGAGUUCAAUAAUACCUAACUCUUAUAUAUCCUCAACUAAUAAUAAUUCGUCGGGUAUUGAUCCUUCAGUUAAUAGGUCAAAAGCGUCAACCAAAUUAUCGUUAUUGAGCAUACCGAUUUCCAAAGUGAGGAGGUGA